GCCCAGAUAUAGAUUAUUUGUGGCAUAAGAAUGUAAUGCAAAGCACAGGAUUUGACAAAUCAAUCAAUAAUGAAGAAGAAAUUGAAUAUCCUCCACAUGUUUAUGACUUAAUUGCUAAAAGCAAACCUCAUUAUGAAUACUUGUUUCAACAUAGAAUUAAGAUUUAG